AGCCUGCGCUGGAGAUCCAGAGCAGAGUCCCGGUGAGUGAGGAAACCAGAACGGGAGAAAGCAGCCUGUCGGGGAGGCACGGGACCGACGACUUCGGUACGACAUCUGCGGUAGUUCUACAGACAAGAAAGAGCUCGAACAGGCCUCAUUUUAACGGAGACACCGAGAUCUGCUGUGAGAUCAGUCCGCCUCCUAGUUUAUUUCCCCUGGGGUCACCCUGGUGAAGAUGGGGUGAUUGUAUUCUCUCAUCAUCUAGUUAACAAACCUGGAACAAGCCCAGGGUCAAGCUCCUCCUGAUGUCAGAAGAUUCAGACUCCAAGCCCUAUUGCUUCCCAGUGCUGGAGGACCAGGAUGGCGCCUCGGGGUGCAGAGCGUCCACCUCUUGUGGCUCCAUCCCUAGGGGGGCCUCAGGGUGCAGCUCCAUGGCUCAGCUGCACCGGAUGGGUGGCUACAGCCAAGGUGGGCCUGACUUAGGCCUCCCUUCGGAGGGCAGUGACAGCAGCGGUCAGGACCCUCCUACUUCGCCGCACAACCUUCGCAAGAACACCCGCUCCCGAUCGCUCCCCGAGGAGGAUGUGGAGAUGAAGAGCAGCGGGUCCAGCGGGAGUGGGACCGAAUCCCACGGCAAUGAAAGCCAUGGCAACGAGAGUCAUGGGAACGAGAGUCACGGCCACGAGUCUCUGGGCAGCUCCAACGGCAACAGCAAGGACUCGGCAUUGCUGGAAUCUUCUGAGAGCAACAAGAGUUCGAACUCCCACAGUCCGUCUCCUCCAAGCAGCUCAAACGCCUUCAGUCUGCUGAGCUCUGAGCAGGACAACCCUUCAACCAGCGGCUGCAGUAGUGAAGAGUCUGCCAAAGUCAAGACCCAGAAGGAGGUGAUUAAAACUCUGAAGGAGCUGAAGCUUCACCUGCCUGCUGAGAAAAGACACAAUAACAAAUCCACCACGUUGAACACGCUCAAGUACGCCCUUCGCUGUGUGAAGCAGGUGGAAGCCAAUGAGGAGUAUUACCAGCUGCUGAUGAUCAAUGACAGUCAGCCUUCAGGCCUGGAUGUAUCCUCUUAUACCAUAGAGGAAAUAGACAGCAUCACCUCUGAAUACACCCUCAAAAACAAUGACAUUUUUGCAGUGGCCGUGUCUCUUAUCACAGGAAGGAUAGUCUACAUCUCUGAUCAGGCAGCCUCCAUCCUCAACUGCAAAAGAGACGUGUUCAAGAACUCCAAGUUUGUGGAAUUCCUGACGCCGCAGGACGUUAGCGUGUUCUACAGCUUCACAACGCCUUACCGCCUGCCCUCCUGGAGCAUGUGCACCGGAGCAGAGUCAUCCCCGCCUGACUGCAUGCAGGAGAAAUCCUUUUUCUGCCGGAUCAGUGGUGGUAAGGAGUGUAAGGGCGACCUGCAGUACUAUCCAUUCCGCAUGACGCCUUACCUGAUGAAGGUCCAGGACACGGUGCACGCUGAAGACCAGUUCUGCUGCCUCCUCCUGGCUGAGAGGGUUCACUCUGGUUAUGAUGCGCCCAGAAUUCCAACAGACAAGCGCAUCUUCACCACCACACACACUCCGAGUUGUGUGUUCCAGGAUGUGGAUGAGAGGGCGGUUCCCCUGCUCGGGUACCUUCCCCAGGACCUGAUUGGGACCCCAGUCCUCCUCCAUCUGCAUCCCAAUGACCGUCCGAUCAUGCUGGCCAUUCACAGGAAGAUUCUUCAGUAUGCAGGACAACCGUUUGACCACUCAUCCAUCCGGUUCUGUGCACGAAACGGAGAAUACAUCAUCCUAGACACCAGCUGGUCCAGUUUCGUCAACCCCUGGAGCCGCAAAGUCUCCUUUGUUAUUGGGCGACACAAAGUCCGCAUGGGCCCUGUGAAUGAAGAUGUUUUUGUGGCCCCGGCCUCCACUGUCAGGGAGGUGAAGUCCAUAGACUCUGACAUCCAGGAGAUUACUGAGCAGAUCCAUCGACUCCUGUUACAGCCGGUUCAUAACAGUGGCUCCAGUGGCUACGGCAGCAUGAACAGCAAUGACCACCGUCUGGGCUUGACGUCUUCUAGUGAGAGCCUGAACAAUGGCAACGAGACCAAGAUGCAGCAGGAGGAAGAGAAAGUGAGCAGCAAAGCCAGACCUCGGACUUUUCAGGAAAUCUGUAAAGGAAUUCAUCUUCAGAAGAGCCUAGAGCAGCAGACAGCCAAACUAGACAACAAAAAGGGCAAUGGCAUAGAAUCUGUAAACAAGAGUCCAGCGGUGGUGCGACCCAAAGACUCGGCCGCCCAUCUGAGCUGGAGGGAAGCCGGGUCACCUAUGGAGGAGAGCAGCGCCCCUUUCCAGGAGGAGCUGGCCUUCAAUGAUCAGACUGUCUACUCAUACCAGCAGAUCAGCUGUCUGGACAGUGUUAUCAGGUACUUGGAGAGCUGUAAUGUUCCCAUCACCAUGAAGAGGAAGUGUCAGUCUUCCUCGAACACCGCAUCUUCUAACUCAGAUGAGGACAAACAGAAAGGAACCAACAGUAUGCAGGUGUCUGAAGAACCAACAUUGUUGAAGGAUCAGUCCACUCUCUCUGCUUUGGAUGAUCAAGACAAAAAGUCCAGUGAUGCAGCCACAGCGGUGGUGGGCACUUCGCUGCCCCUCCCUGUACCAAACAAACCAGAAAGUGUGGUGUCCAUAACCAGCCAGUGUAGCUACAGUAGCACCAUAGUGCAUGUCGGGGACAAGAAACCUCAACCCGAGUCAGAGAUCAUAGAGGAUGUAGCAGGUGCAGGGGAGACGGCAGAACCCAGCCUGACCCCCGGGGUUCCUCCUUGUGCGAUUUCACCUCCCAGUCAGGAGAGGGAGUCCUACAAGAAACUGGGGUUGACCAAGCAGGUUCUGGCAGCUCACACACAGAAGGAGGAGCAGGCCUUUCUGUGUCGCUUUAGAGAGCUUCGUGGCCUCGCGUCCAUCAAAGCAAACUGCUCGGAGUACCUUGAGCGCCAGAGAGAGCUGAUCGCCAGCGAUGCUCCACCUGCUGCUCGACCCUGCAAACAGGGAGCACCGACUCCAGAGCCGACCCCACGGCGAGGCACCCGGAACAAAAAGACCAAGUCAAAGCGAGCAAAGCAGAUUGCUUCCUCAGACAGCACAGCGUCCCAUCACAGACAGCAACAGCUACGGCCUCCACUGCUGAACCAUGGCCUUAACCAGACCUCCUGGUCAACCUCUGAAGCCUCACAGUCCACUUUCCCCAUGGCCUAUCCUGCCAUGGUGCCAGGAUACCCGCUUCAGGUUUACUCCACUGGCGAUACCGUAGCUCCCCCCACAGAUGCCCCCCUUCAAGGCUUUGGGGACAAUCAGGGUGCCCAAGCACCUCCCUGCCCACCAUCCAUCCAAGCUGCUCCCUUCACCUCCCCCAUUGUCACCCCUAUUGUAGCUCUAGUGCUGCCUAACUACCUGUACCCUCUGAUUAGCCCCGCCCCUCCACCACCACAGCCAGUGUACCAUACAGAGACUGGGGGCUUCCCCGCCCAAACAGCCCCGUUUGUUCAGGCUGCCUUUCCAGGCCAAGGCACUUUCACAUAUCUGCCUUCCUUCAGCAGUCAGAAUCAGUUGAACCCCCAGAACCACUUCGCUUCUCAAACGGGCUUUGUAACUUCGUCAGUUUACUGUCCUCCGUCUUCGGAAACCCCAAAGCCCCCUGUGGAGGGCCAGUCUCGCUCUUCAACGCCACAGACUGGAGGAGCUGGAGGCCAGACGUCUCCGCCUUUGUUCCAGUCUCGCUGCAGCUCACCUCUCAACCUGCUGGAGCUGGAGCUGUCUGUGGACAGACAGGACAGCACGGUGCUCUCCUCCGGAGGACAAGUGAAUAAUACAGCUGAAAGGGAGAAAGGAACGAGUGGCAACCAAGCCAAGGAGAGGGAGCUAAAACAGCCAUCUCUCAGUCUCCUUGGUCCACCUGGACCCUUGUAUUUCGGGGGCACACCCUGUGUCUGUGAGCGUUUGUCUUGGGAUAAAGUGUGCUCUAGGCUGAGGGCUUGCAGCAAAGAGACAAGUUCACGUGGCGACGGCAACAACAGUGACGCCAACUCUUCAUCCAGCGACAUGUUGGACAUUAUUCUCCAAGAAGACUCCUGUUCAGGCACCGGCUCAGCCACCUCGGGGUCCAUGGGCUCGAGGUCGAACGGCUGUGGAACGUCAGCCAGCGGGACGUCUAAGAGCAGGACGUCAGCCAGCGGGACGUCAGCCAGCGGAACAGGAAGCAACAACAGUAGUAAAUACUUUGGCAGUGUGGACUCGUCUCAGAACAGCCAGAAGGUCAAAGGUCACUCAAACAGCAGCGAAGGAAGGUCCAUGGAGAUGGAGCAGAGCGAACACUUCAUCAAGUAUGUACUGCAGGACCCGAUGUGGCUGCUCAUGGCCAACACAGACGAGAAGGUCAUGAUGACCUAUCAGCUGCCCUCACGGGACAUCCAGAAAGUUCUCAGGGAGGACAAGGAGAAGCUGAGGCUGCUGCAGAAGAACCAGCCGCGCUUUACAGAGGAGCAGAAGAAGGAGCUGAUCCAGGUCCACCCCUGGAUGAAGAAGGGAGGUUUACCCAAGGCAGUAGACGUCAAGAUGUGUCCCUGCUGUGAAAGCAACUCAGAGGCGGCGGUGGCAACAGUGGAGGAUCAGCCAGACCUGGACCUCGGUGACACAGAGACAGAAGAAGUCAGCUGCCAGCAGAGCCCCACAGAGGAGCCCUCGAGCACUGCGGUCAUCUCCUGCCACGGCCCGUCUCCGGGUUCCGGCCUGCAAACACAACCAGCGAGGCAAUAAACUGCUAAACCUUUUCAGAGUGACUUUUCUACCCAGCCUGUUGUACUGAAGAACUGUGAAGAGCAACCUUCGACGAGGAACCUGCACUAGACGGGUUCUUACUGUCUCUGUCUUGCUGUUUUAUAAGUUAUAUGCCAGGAAAAAAUGGCUUAAAAAAAGCUUUUGUAGAAUGUGAAUAUCUACAUAUAUAUGUAGUGGUCAUCCAGCUGCAUUUUAUUUUCAUCAUAACGUACACCAGUCAAGAUUGUUUUGUUGCUUAGGGGCUCUGCGACUACAUAUGUUUUUUCUCUGUUUGUAGCAAUGUGUCACUCAGAAAAUGUGCUAUGCACUGAUUAAGCGAAAUACAAUAUGUGUUCAUGCAUCAGACAGCACAGUAGAGGUCAAAGUAACGUCAGCGUGGUGGAGGCUGCUGUACUCACACGCCAGCAAGUGGCUCAGUGGUGUUCUAACUGUCACGGUUAAUGAAUGAGUUCCGUGUUUUGGUGACGUUUCUUUGGUUACAGCUGCGUCGUGGUUCGUCAGCAUGCGGUGAAAACAGGUGCAGGUUGUUGAAGACGGAUCGCUUUCUAUCACUCCUGUCAUUCAUGUGCAUCAAGCACCGAAUGAGCACAAGUGCACUUUGUGGGCUGCAGUGGAUUAAGAGGAAAAACGUGAAUGAGACUCCCGUGUACGAUCGCCAAGAGGACAUUGAAGCGAAAAAUAUAAACAUGCUCCCAUGUGCAGCAUUGAGCAGCAACGAUAGCUGAAGUUUUCCACCACCUCCAUCACCACCUGUGACUCAGUACCUCAAUAUUAUUCAAGUAGAAGUAGUGAAACACAGCAAAGGAAUAGCCCAUUACAAGUGGAUGUAAUUCAUUUAAAAUAUUCAGGUUAAGGUACUGGAAGCACUUUUAUCUCGCCAUGCACAAAGGCCCAUUUCAGCACAUUAUAUUGGGUUAUGUAGUGGAUUAUUGCUGAUCUAUUGCCAUGUAAGUGGCAGCUUAAUAUUAUUCAUUCAGUGUCUCUUCACCACAGCUUGUAGUAGAGGAAAAGGUGCAUAGUACCCUUUUAAAUGCAGCAAUGUAGCAAAAAAUGAACAUUAAGUACAUACAUUAGUGAUUCCCACACACGAUGGAGGUGGUGCAAACAUCUGAGGCAGCACUGAGAUAAAGUCGGGUGCAGCAUAUACUGUUUGUACCAGCCCAUCAUGUCAUAAUUGCAGAGAACUUAUGUCACUUAAAGUUUGCAUUUUCCCCACUCUGUCUCUAUGACAUGUUACUGUAAUGCAGCUUUACAUCUUCACUGUUCUGGUGACAAACUGCAGCGUUUGUUGCAGCUGCUCUGACAUUUAUUUGCUUUCUCUUAUUUUUAAAAACUUCAAUGCUAGUAUUAAUGUUUUUUAAGUCUUCACCUCCGAGCAUAGCCUGUAUAUUUUUACAUGCAAUAACUGUUUCUGUAUAAACAAGUUAUUUAUAAUUUAUGACAAAAAAAUCCAGCUAAAUAAGCAAACAGAGGACCAAGAGGAUUAAUAUUUACUGUAUAUACUAUUUUUGAAAAUGUGAUUUGCAUAAUCAGCAUCAGGACUGUACCCACCGCAGACUGGAGACCGGCAGAGCUGUGUGUUGAUUCUGGUGGGUGGAGAAUGUUGAUGUUUCCCCUGUUGUAAAGUGCUCUGAUAAAUAUGGAGAGGAGCGUCAUGACUGAAGCUCAUUACCAUUCAAAACAAACGUGUGCUCACUUCAGACUGACUUUAGGGUUAUUGCACGGGUGUAAAGCAGCUGAGACAGAUGCCAAGUGGUUGUUCAGUGACAUUUCCUUCACUUUGAAGUUGAUGCUGUAAUUUCGGACGAAACGGAGCUCCUUCUGGGCGACUUGAACAUUUCCUAAAGUUGUCAUUUGUCUUUCGCGUGGACAACUGGUUACAUGCAGCUUUUAUUUAAUUUUAUUUUUCCUCUCUAUUUUGAUGACGAAUAUUCUAUUAUGUUUGUGGAAUUUUCUCAGAAUAAAAUGUUGCCUGAUUUACAGUAAA